UCUCCUUCGCCCUCACAAACCCUUUCUCUCUCCUUCUCUUUGCUCUUCGCGGAAGAGAGAGAAACUCCGAAACCUCUCCUUCUGCUCUAAUCUCCCAAUCUUCUCUCUCUAUAAACAAACACAUACAUAUACGUAUAUAUAUACCUUGAAUCUUAUAUAUACAGAGUCCUUUUGGAUUCGAAGCUUUUUUGAAUCGGUGAUUUUUUUUGUGUUGUGUUUUUUGAUCGGACGGCGGCGAUUGAGGUAUGCAGGCUGAUCAGACGGUGUUGAGCUUGAGACCUGGUGGCGGUGGAGGCAAUCGAGGCAGCAGAGUCCUUGGUCCUCGCUUCGAGCCUUCUUCUGGAUUUGGAUCUUCGUCUCUAUCUUCAGAUCUUUCUCUCCUUCGUCCUCAUGGCGGCGCUCCUUCUUCCUUCUAUCUCACGACUGGAGAUUCCCGGUUCGAGGGCCAUGAGCGUGUUCGUUACAGCCGGGACCAGUUGUUGCAACUUAGGGAGGUUGGUAACAUCCCUGAGGCUAUACUGAAAAUAAAACAAGAAGUUGAAACUGAAUUUUUUGGUGAAGAUCAAAACUGGGGUCAUGUGGAAAGCACUCCACCAAUUCAACCUCAAAAUCGUUAUUCUGAGCCAGACAAUCGUGACUGGCGUGGUCGAUCUGCACAAUUUCCUGCAUCUGGAGAGGAGAGAUCCUGGGAGAACAAAGAGUUUAGUGGCCGGUUUGACUCUAGACAACAGGAGGCAGGUCAACAUAAUCGCCAAGACCAACUCAACUCACAGUUUUCAAGGGCACAAGGGGUAGGACCCGCUCCUGCUCUAAUUAAGGCUGAGGUGCCAUGGUCAGCUCGAAGGGGAACCCUCUCUGAUAAGGAUCGUGUUUUGAAGACAGUGAAAGGGAUACUGAAUAAGCUGACUCCAGAGAAGUUUGACCUUCUCAAGGGACAGCUAAUUGAUUCUGGCAUCACAACACCUGAUAUUCUGAAGGAUGUUAUCUCCUUGAUUUUUGACAAGGCAGUGCUGGAACCAACAUUUUGCCCCAUGUAUGCAGAGCUGUGUUCGGAUCUAAAUGAAAAGCUCCCUCCAUUCCCAUCGGAUGAGCCUGGUGGGAAAGAAAUCACUUUUAAGCGGGUCCUCCUGAACAUCUGCCAGGAGGCAUUUGAAGGCUCUGACAAACUUAGGGAAGAAGUAAGGCAGAUGACUGCUCCUGAGCAAGAGUCGGAACGUAGAGAUAAAGAAAGAAUGGUCAAACUUCGCACACUCGGAAACAUUCGUCUAAUUGGGGAGCUUUUGAAGCAGAAGAUGGUGCCUGAAAAAAUUGUUCAUCACAUUGUUCAGGAGCUUUUAGGGUCUGAUAGUAAGACUUGCCCCGAGGAGGAAAACGUGGAGGCCAUAUGUCAAUUCUUCAACACUAUUGGUAAACAGCUUGACGAGAGCACCAAGUCACGGAGAAUUAAUGAUAUGUACUUCAUCCGAUUGAAAGAAUUGUCAACAAAUCCCCAGCUGGCUCCACGAUUAAGGUUCAUGAUUCGUGAUGUUCUUGAUCGGCGUGCAAAUAAUUGGGUUCCCAGACGUGAAGAGGUUAAAGCCAAAACCAUCACUGAAAUCCAUUCGGAGGCUGAAAAGAAUCUGGGGUUGCGUCCUGGUGCUACGGCAAGCAUGAGAAAUAACCGUGUUGUUUCUGGUGGACAGGGGAGUGUCAGCCCUGUGAGUGGUUUCCCCAUCAAUCGUCCUGGCACUGGGGGAAUGAUGCCGGGAAUGCCAGGGACGAGGAAGAUGCCUGGGAUGCCCGGAAUUGAUAAUGACAAUUGGGAGGUUCCUAAGGCUCGUUCCGUGUCGAGGGGUGAUGUAUCAACAACCAUUCAGCCCAUUGGACGUGUUAAACCACCAUUAAUUGGCAAGCCACCAUCAUUGAACUCAAAAUUUCUUCCUCAGGGUACUGGUGGCCUCAUAGGUGGUAGGACUAGUGCCCUAUUGCAAGGCAGUGGUGCCCCUCCUGUUCGCCCUCCUAACUUUGGGUAUGGUAUGGACCCCCCUGCAUCUCAAGUCCCUUCCCCCGCCAGGCCUGCACCAAUCGCAUCUGUGCCUCUGGCUGCUGAGAAAGCAGUGGGUCCUUCUAAUAUCAUGGUACUUAGGAGAAAAACAAUUUCUCUUCUGGAGGAAUACUUCAGUAUCCGGAUGUUGGACGAGGCAUUGCAGUGUGUGGAGGAAUUGAACUCCCCAGCUUACCACCCCGAGGUUGUCAAAGAAGCCAUUGCGCUUGCUUUGGAGAAAAUCCCACCCUGUGUGGAACCAGUUGUGAAACUCCUUGAGUACUUGUUUGCCAAGAAGAUUCUUACGGCUAGGGAUAUUGGGACCGGAUGCGUGCUCUAUGGUUCGAUGUUGGACGAUAUAGGCAUCGAUUUACCAAAGGCACCGAAUAAUUUUGGUGAGGUUAUUGGGAGUCUAGUUUUGGCCGGUGGAUUGGACUUUAAGGUGGUGGAGGCUGUCCUGAAGAAGGUGGAGGACGAUAUGUUCCGAAAACCGAUAUUUGCUGCUGCAAUGAGGAUCAUCACUUCAAGUCCUUCUGGGCAACGCCUAUUGGAUACGCAGACACCUGACAUUGAGGCAUGCGAGAGCCUAGUCUAGGGAAUGUUUUGGUGCUCAUAUUGUCGCUUAACUUUGCAAUUGCUUCCAUUUACAUCCCCAACCCACCCGUUCGAGGCAAUCAACUGUAUUAUUACAUGUGUGAUAAAAGGUGGAGCUGCUAAAGAAACAGGUGAGAAUUUUAUUGAGCUGCUACUAUAUAUUGUUCUUGAGGUCAUAGUAUUGUGUUCACUAGAGAGAUUACAAAAAAAGAUAAUUCUCUGGAUUUUGUUCUCGAGUACUUGAGUUGAAUGGCCCUUUCUGGGACCCAGAUGUUUUAUAUUUGAUUAGUUUUUUUUUUUUUUUGGUUCUCUUUUUGUUGUUUUAAUUUUCCUGACUCCAUGAGUAAUUUAGCCUUUCUUUUUUUUUUUUUUGUUUUCUAAAUUUAUUUUGGU